AUGGCUGCUUCCUUUCUCACCAGCGCCGAUGGCUUCACCUCCGCCAGUGGCCUCGACAGUCCCGUCACACCGGGCGGUGCCGGUGCUGAUGGUCUCCCUUCGUCCAAGCGGUCCACAGCCCUGACCGCCAAACUCACCAGCGUCCUCUCCGCGUCCUACGCCGACUACGAGACCCGCGAUGCGUUGCGCCUCCUCGACGAGCGAGGCGUCCGCAAUGACGAGGAUACGAGGAGGAAUCUCAAGGCCAACGCACAAAAGGAGGUGAUCGAUUGCAAUGCACAGAUCGUGGAUGAUUUCGGUGUGGUUGCGGAGCAACUCAAGCGCGUCGGGGCCUUGCUGGCGACCCUCAACACCACGUGCGAAUCAAUGCGCACGCACAUCCUCGCGGCGAAACAAGAGUCCGCGCCAACGCUGGAGGAAUUCUCCACGCUCAUGACGCGCAAACGGGAGACUGAGAUGAAAGAGUCCCUCUUGACCGCGUUCACCGGCCACUUCCUCAUCUCCAAUCAAGAUCUGAACAUUCUGACCAGCUCCGCGGAACCGCUCGACGAACGCUUCUUCUCGAUCCUGGCGAGGUGCAAACAGAUCCACAGGGACUGCGAGUUUCUAUUGGGCUACAACUCCUCUCCUUCCGGCGAGGAGGAAGGCACGUCCCGACUGGGCCUGGAGCUGCUUGAACAGACUACCCGCAACCUGGAUGCGGCCUUCAAGAAGCUCUACAACUGGAUCCAACGGGAAUUCAAGACGCUCGACCUCGAAGACCCCAAUAUCAGCGGCUCGAUUCGUCGCGCGUUGAGGGUCCUCAGUGAGAGGCCGAGCUUGUUCCAGAACUGCCUCGACUUCUUUGCGGAAGCGCGACGAGCCACGUUGGCAGAGGCGUUUCAUGAAGCCCUGACAGGCUCGGGCCACCACGGAGGUGCCGCGACGAAAGCGAUUGAAUUCUCCACCCACGAACCGUUACGGUACAUCGGCGAUAUGCUUGCGUGGGUGCACUCCGCCGCUGUGUCGGAGAAGGAAGCUCUCGAGGGGCUCUUUGUGUCCGAUGCUGAAGAGAUUUCGCGGGGUCUCAGCGCUGGCAAGGCCACUGAUCCGUGGGCUCGAAUCAGCAGUGGCCGACAGAGAAGGGCGUCAUCUGCGUCGAGCUCAGAUGCGGAGAAAGAAGAUGGUGACGAGCAGCCGGUCUUCGAUGGCCGCAAGGCCCUGUCCGAACUCAUCUCCCGCAAUCUCUCCCUCGUCUGUCAGACCUUGCAAUCACGGAUCGACGUUGCCGUGCGCACUUCGGGCGAUCCUGUGCUCAUGUUCAAGACCUUCAACCUCUUAGAUUUCUAUCGCGGCAUCUUCUCCAAACUGCUGGGGCAGGACUCAACCCUAGCCAGGCUCAUCCAGACUCUGCAAUCAUCGACGCUGGCACAGUUUGAACAAGCAAUGGAAGAAGAGACCACCACCGCCAUUGCGAGCAUUGAUUCGGAGCCGUCGCGCGAUCUCACGCCGCCGGUGUUCCUGGCCACGGCCUUGAGACAGUUCAACGACGUAUGUCAGGCGAGAGGCCCCCAGAUGACGGAGCCGGAACUCGAGCGACUCUUUACGUCGAUGCUGAGCGGGAUCCUGGCCGCGUGCGCCGAGUCCGCGACUAAUCUCGCGGACGUGCGGAGAGCCAGCAUCUACAAGAUCAACUAUCUGACCGCGCUGAAGGCGACACUCGCAAACAUCUCGGCCCACGUCCCCCCUGCCCGGAUCCCACUGGAGAAAGCCGCCAGGGAGAUCCAGACGGUGCGGGACCAGCUGGUCGAAUUCGUCACUUCGACGUUCCUCGAAUUCUCCGGCGUCGCGGAGCUCAUGCAAGAGAUCGACUCGCGCAGGGGACAAGGCCCAAAGGCCCGACGGGCCUGGCUCCUCCAAAACCUCGACGAGGCCGCCCAGCGGCUCGACGCGUUCCUCUCCUCGGCCCUUAUGGACGCGCAGGAAGCCAUGAAACCCCUGUUCGACCGCCCACUAGCCCAGGAUGUGGUGGCCGAAGCGGUGGAGAAGUUCUGCUCCGAGUACGAUGAUUUGGAGGGUAUGCUGGAGACGGUCGAUGCUGAGACUUCCGUGUCAGCGUCAGCAUCGGCGGGAGAGGGAGACGGCGACGAUGGCGAUGACGAUGAUCAAAGGUCAGAGGAUCAAGGGGACAAGAGCGCCACUGGCCCGGUCGGGUCAGUGAGAGAAUCGUAUCCCAGGACUGGGGCAGAAGUGCGCGCUCUUCUGAGCUAG